UACUCGUCUUAAUGUCGGGCGUCGUCCAUUUUUAAAAACUACAGCUGUGCACCCGUGUUUCAUUUUAUUCAUUACGUUUUAUACAACACGGAGACGAAUCCAAAUACAAAUCCACACUGAUUUUGGUCUUCAAAUUAAGGGGACCAACAUAAUGGCUGAACAGGUGAUUGUACAGCCAGAAUCACUGCUCCAUCUCGAUGACUUAUUGCAAUGUCCAGUAUGUUAUGAAAUUCCUUCAGGGCAGAUAUUUCAAUGUAAUGAGGGCCACCAUGUGUGCGGAAGAUGUAAAGCACGUCUUGAUGUCUGCCCGGUAUGUCGGGCUCUUUUCUUUGGCACACGAAACUAUGCUAUGGAAGAACUUAUUGCCAAUUUUAAGAAACUAAAAGCAUUUAAGGUUGGUGGCAAACAAGGUACUAGUUCUGGAUCCUCGGAGAGCAGUACACCAGCUCGAGAUACCGUGUCAGCAGAUACUGAAAAUGAAGCAGGUGAAAAUAAUUCUAACGAACCAAACCAAAUAACUUUGAGAGUGCCACCAGCCUGCAAGGGCCUCUUUCGUUGCCUCUGUUGCAAAAAUGGAAACGCUGAGAAAUUGCCCGCUGCGCGUUUACUUAACCACCUGCGUUAUUUUCAUUCUCCUGAUCUUAUUGAGGGUCAAUCUGAAUUUGGAGAAUAUAUACAAGCUUGGGAAUUUAGUACUGGACCGGGCAGAAUUGUGACUGCUGUACGAGUUUCAGAUAUGGGCAUCUACUUUUUAGUCAUUGACAUAGACAUUAAUCGUAUUUAUGCUUGGUUGACUAUGGCAGCCUCACCAUCGGUGGCCAAUACAUUUUCGUAUACACUUACCUUAUCCGGUAACGACCGUGAAGCCAUAUUUACAGAUUGUGUGUUAUCUGUGAGAUCUUGUGAAGGUACUCUUAAAAAAAGAGGUCAUGCCUUGCUUGUUACCGGUCUGAAUGCUAUGGCAUUGACUUCAAACAGUGCACUGAACGCAAAAUUAUGUUUGCGUCGCACACCACCGGAACAGUUGGCGCAUCAGACCCAACCGCGUGCUGUCAUGAGGGUAGCGACGCGCGGCAACAACCGAGAAAAUAACACGCAGGACAUCUCCGCUUCCGCUGCCAAUCACACUCGAGGAGACGUCAUACAGGAACUUUACAAUGAGACUGUCAACCUAAGCACCCAAUUAGCGGCACUUCAGGAACUUGGAAAUGAAGAAGACAAUGAUUAUCCACUAGCUUUGGUACAAGCAUUUACCGCAAUCCGCAUGGCAAAUCGUGUCGCUGGAGAUUUGCGAGAUGACAAUAAUCAAACACAUAGUGAAGAAGACACGCCACCGUCUGCUGCGUCGCCUGCGCCUCCCACGCGACCGAUGUCACGCAACGCUCGCAGACGACUGAGGCAACGCGUGAGGAUGGCUUUGAACGAAGAUACGCCUGCGCCGCCGCCCAGCGCGCAGCCGUCAUCGCGCUCCCAUCUACAGAAUGGACACGUUCAAAUUGGUAUAGUUCCACAGACAUCAGCUCCUCACUCGACACAAACGAAUUUAUCAAACGGACCGUCCACUUCCGAAGCAAACGCUACGAAUGCAAACCAAAUUCGUAACAAGAAAAAGCGUCGCCACCGCAGAUAAAGGCUAAAAAUUGAUCAGUGAUCAUUAGUACGUGACAUAUAAAGUAACGUUUUAGUUUUGGAUUCUGGUGUUGCUCAUGUAAAAUCACUAUUUACACGUAAAUAUUUAGCUAUGUCCUAAUAUAGCGAUUUUAUUGCUUAGUCGCUGUUGACUUGCUGCUAAAGCAUUGACUCCAACAAUAAGUUGGGAUUUAUUUGGCGUAACAGCAAUAAGAAAAAAAAUUAUACAAAAUGUGUUUUGAUAAAUUUAAUUACAUGUAUGUUUUGUUGUGGGACAGCGCUGAAUUGGAAGAAUUGAAUUUGUUUAAAUAGUAUAAGUUAGUAUAUAAGAAAGGACAUGAUAGCUUUUAAAUAUAGGACCAUGAAUAUCCCUAGAUGUGUAAUGCUGCCUUGUAAAUAACUAAAAUAUGUCUCUUGACAUUACAAAUCUAACUGAGCUGUGAUAAACGAACUUGUGCUGCAAGGUAAGAACUACAUGUAAAAUGUCCUAAAAUCUCCCUAGAAUAGGUUUCUAGUUAUUACGAAGAAGUAACAUUUUUAUCAGCUCAUGUUUGAGUCUGAAUAGAGGCCACUCAACAAAGAUAGCUACUGCUAUCCGCUUUAAAUUAAAUGUUUUAUAAGAUAAAAUUAUCGCAAUACAACGAAAAUGAGUGAGGAUUAGUUAAAAAUAUACAAACCUUUUUACAAUUUUCAACAAUACCGUUUAUUUUAUAAUAAUGAUUUGCAUUUUGUUGUUUAAUUGUGUAUCGCAAUUAGUAGUGUGGGAAUUACUUGAAUUUAUUGUUCAAAUUAGUUAACAUGCACUUGGUUAUGUUAGUUUAUUGAAUAAUGCCUG